AUGACCAUCGAAAAGAAACUAAAAGUAAAGCCUCCCUCAUUCAAAACUCAUGGAUCAGCAACAAGGAAAACUGUGAAGGCAGAAACUAGUAACAAAAGCACCGCCAAUUCAUGCAUGAAACUAGUCAAGGAUGUCCGGUUAAAAGAAUCGAAGAACAAGAAUUUUGUAUUCUCUCCAUUCUCAAUAGACACUGUGAUAUUAGGCUUACUCAACUCUGAAAGCCUCGACAAUCUAAAUUGUGGUAAUUCUAAACUCAUUGACUCAUGCGGAAAACGGAAGGAACCCAAACUUUGUUUUGUUGGUGGUGUUUGGACUGAAAAAUCUUGUCCCAUUAAACCUUCAUACAAAAGAGUUACCGCCGCAGUAUAUAAAGCAGAAGCCAAAGCUGUGGAUUUCAAAAAUCAGAGCAAUAAGGUGCUGAACGAGGUGAAUAACUGGGUUGAAAACAAAACCAAUGGAUUAAUCAAAAAUCUUAUUCCCAACAGAGCAGUCAAUGAAGACAAUCAAAGUUUGGUUCUGACGGGAGAAUUCAAGGUUCCGAAGUUCAAAAUCCUUUUUGAUUUUGAUGCAUCAAGAGUACUCAAGGUAUUGGGCGUAGUUUUGCCUUUUGAUCCAUCCAAAGCAGGGCUGACAGAGAUGGUUAAUAUUGAUGGUACCUGUAAGCUUCAUGCUGAGAAAGUUUUUCACAAGUGUUUUGUUGAAGUUGAUGAAAAAGGAACCGAGGCUGCUGCUUCUACUGCUGUUUGCGGCAUGUAUGUAUCUGCUCGUCGUACUGGUCGUGCUAAACCUCGUGUCGAUUUUGUGGCCGAUCAUCCUUUCAUGUUCAUUAUACGAGAGGAGCAAAGUGGCAUGGUGUUGUUCAUGGGACAUGUCCUCAACCCAUUGUUAAAAUUUUGA